GGGCGCCGCAGCGGGGCCAGCCGGCAGCUCCUGCAUCCCGGCGGCGAGAGCAUCCUCCGCACCGGGCCCCGCACCCCGCGGGCCCGGCCUCGGCGGGGCCAUGGCCGAGAUCACCAGUGUCCACCCCGGCUUCGAUGUGUCUCCCGUGGUGGCAGGACUCAUUGGAGCCACCGUCCUGGUGGUUUCUGUCUCAGUCACAGUCUUUGUGUGGACAUGCUGUCACCAGCAAGCAGAAAAGAAGCACAAAACCCCCCCUUACAAAUUCAUCCACAUGCUGAAAGGCAUCAGCAUCUACCCCGAGACCUUGAGCAACAAGAAGAAAAUCAACCGGAUCCGGAGAGACAAGAGCGGCGCGGCCAAGGAGGGCGGCAGGGGGAACCUCCUGGUGGAUGCUGCCGAGUCCGGGCUGGUGGGCCCCGCCACAGCUCCAGAGGGACCCCCAAACAUCGACCAGCUCCCCAUCAAAGUCGACUACGGAGACGAACUCAGCCCGGAUCAAAGCCUCACCCCGGGAGGGAGUAAAACCUCCUCGCCCUCCUCGCCGGGCGACGACGUGAUGCUGGGAGAGCUGACUUUCUCAGUGGACUACAACUUCCCCAAAAAGGCGCUGGUGGUCACCAUCCAGGAGGCGCACGGGCUGCCCGUGAUGGACGAGCACACGCAGAGCUCCGACCCCUACAUCAAGAUGACCAUCCUGCCCGACAAGAGGCACCGCGUCAAGACCCGAGUGCUGCGCAAGACCCUGGAGCCCGUCUUCGACGAGACCUUCACCUUCUACGGCAUCCCCUACAGCCAGCUGCAGGACCUGGUGCUGCACUUCCUCGUGCUCAGCUUCGACCGCUUCUCCCGCGACGACGUGAUCGGGGAGGUGAUGGUGCCCCUGGCAGGGGUGGAUCCCAGCACCGGCAAGGUGCAGCUCACCAGGGAGAUCCUCAAAAGGAACAUCCAGAAGUGCAUCAGCAGAGGGGAGCUGCAGGUGUCCCUGUCCUACCAGCCCGUGGCACAGAGGAUGACCGUGGUGGUGCUGAAAGCCAGGCAUUUGCCAAAGAUGGACAUCACCGGCCUCUCAGGUAACCCCUACGUCAAGGUGAACGUUUACUACGGCCGCAAACGCAUCGCCAAGAAGAAGACCCACGUCAAGAAGUGCACUUUGAACCCCGUCUUCAACGAGUCCUUCAUCUACGACAUCCCCGCCGAGCUGCUGCCCGACGUCAGCGUCGAGUUCCUGGUGAUCGACUUCGAGCGCACCACCAAGAACGAGGUUGUGGGCAGGCUGAUCGUGGGCGCGCACAGCGGCAGCGCCGCCGGCGCCGAGCACUGGCGCCAGCUCUGCGACAGCCCCAGCAAAGCCGUGGCCAAGUGGCACAGCCUGAGCGAGUACUGAGCACUCCCUCCCUCUCUAGGACACACCUCCAACCUUGUUUUAGCUGUAGGACUAAAAUACUUUGAGUUGAGAAGCAGCGGCUGGUCGGUUCUCUUAGUGACGUGGGUUUUUUGCAGGGCACUGAAAUUCUUAAGGAGAGUUAAAACAAAAAAAAAAAAAAGAUGGGGAAUAAAUAAUAAUAAUUAAAAAAAAAAGGUACCACGAAUAUAUAUAACAGUGUAAUCACGCUAUUGCAUGCCUACUACAAACUGAAAUUAGUAUAACUGCCAAUAUCAAGUUGCAGGUUUUAAUACAAUUAUCUGUCACUAUGGAAGUUGUGUUUGUGCCGAGCUGUCUUUGCUGGUAUUCACCAAGAUUGGCCUGUCUUCAUUAGGCUUCUCCCAAAGUUUGAAUUCUGCUGUUUAACCUCUAGUUUCUUGUUAGUUUUGCCUGCCCAUUGGUUCUUGCAGUUCUGUUCUGUGCUGGUUUGGGAGUCCCAACCGCGUUUCCGUGUAGAGCUGGGUGAGAAUUCUGCACUGGCACAAAAGGAAAAUACAGGGAAAAUGGCACUGGCCUCCAGAGAAGAAACAAUUCUGUGUCAGGCACCGAAAUCCUUGUCCUUGGGAUGUCCCUGGGGAGCUGUGAGGUCACAAGAGCCAAGAGUUGACUCUAAAAUCCCAACCCCAACCAGCUGAUCCUGCUGCUUUUGGGGGUCACACAGGCAGGACCCCACAGACUGCAGGAACUGGGGAAAUCCUGCUCAGUUUGGUUUGAUUUAAUCCUGUCUGUGCAUGAAGGGCCCAGGAAAACCCAAACACAGAUGUGUCAUGGAUUGGUAAGGAAACUCCAAAAUAUUAAAUGUCAGUUCUACCUGGCUGAUCAUUUCUGUUUCAUGGCAAAACAAAGCUGAGCUAAGGAAAGGUCCUGGAGGCAGAACUUGUCCAUGAAAAGGUGACAAAUCUUCCCUUCACCCCUGCUGGAGCCAAUUUGCAUCAGACCUGAUCCUUCAGUCACCUAAGAGCAGCUCCCAGAACACAGGGCAAAGCCUGGCACGGAAAUUGUGCCAGACCUGGAUUUUCGAGGCAGCUUGGGAGAGUCCUGAAAUCCUGACUGACUUCUGAGCCACCUGCAAGGGGAGGGAUGGCCCUGACCAGAGCACCUUGAGCACCUCGGGCUGUUUGAACCCUGCAGGGUCAGGAAUUUGGAGCAGAAGUUCACAGAGUUAGGCAGCAGCUGCCUUUGGAUGCAAGCAGAGCAUCCUGGCACUGGAUUUGGGAAUUCUGGCCACAGCCCAGCCAGGGCACACGCUGAUAACUGGCAGCAAAUAAUUCAUUUCAUUAUUAAUGGUAACCAGUGUUGGAGAAUUAAGAAAUAAUCAUAACUAAAAUCGUUCCUGGGCUCUUCAGGAAAUGCAGGAGCAGAAUUUGGUUUGCAAAGAGGCUCCUGACAGCCCCAGGUUACCAGGAAAAAACCCAAGAUUUUUGGUUGCUCCCAGGCAGGCAGUCUGCUCUGAGCCCUGUGGGAUGCAAAUAGGAAUGCAAAUAACAUUAUAAUUUUUAAAAAAUUAAGAUCAUUUACCUACUUACAGGACUUGCCUACUGAAUUUUACAUCCCUGUUGGAAAAAAAAUCCUUUUCGCCUUCUCUCCCCUGAAAUGGGAAUAACUGAGCAAGGAAAAAAAUUAUCAUUUUCACCUUCUCUCCCCCAAAAUGGGAAUAACUGAGCAAGGCUGUCCUGGUUCCCCCAGGGCAGCAGCAGCUCGGGAUGGACAGACAGCACUUUGUGAGCUGCCACCACUCUGGCAUCUCUUCCUGAGGCAUUCAUUUUGCAAAGCUGAUUUUUCUCACUCCUGGCCCUCCCUCCCAGGCUGUGGCUCCAUUUCUCAGCAGACACAAGCGUGGACUCUCUUCCCCUUCACCCAUCCCCAAGGCCAGGAUUUCUGCCUGAGGUUGUAGUAGAUUUUAUCAGUGUCUUAAAUGCUUUUUUCUAGCUCGAACUCUGUGAGCCACAGCCCAGAGAACGAGUUCCCCCUUGGAAAUUGCUGUAGAUCUCUUUCAAUUCUAGUUUUUUGCACUAAGCAAUUGCGUUGCUGCAAUUCAAGCAACUGUCACGACUUUUCCUCGGAACAUGCUUUCCAACACCACCCCAAAGAUCUGACCACCACUAACAGCAGCAACAAAAUCCCCUUCUCCCUUCGGUGUGAAAAGCAUGACUAAGCCUAGAUGAUCUUAAGAUUCCUUUAGAUGCAAAGGAAAGAUGAAUUUCUUGUCAAGGAAACAUGCUCAGGGUAAAUAGACUUAGGCUAUCGGGCAGGUAGGAGUAGCUCCAACACUCUUCUGGAAUAAUAGGAAACUGAAAAUGUGCAGAUAUAUAUUUUUUAAAACAUAAAAUAGACAGUAAGUGACAGCGGACUCACUGUAAAAUCUCCCAGGUGUGGUUAUUCUUUACCUUGUGUCUUCUAUUGUAAAAUGAACUUGGACAGUUACAACUUUGUGUGGAAAAAAAAAAAAAGAAAAAAGGCAAAAAACCUAACUCAGCCUGUGUGAAACUGCAUAAUGCUAUAAGCUAACCUACAUUCUGUAAUGCUACCUUGUAUGUUGAAUUUGUUAACGCACAUUGAGCGUGCAAAUAAAAAUUAAAUCACUUUAA